AAAUGGCGCCAAACAACGGAAUUGUAACAGAAUAUCAGAUACGCGAGAAGUAAUGGAGGAACUCUUUUUCGUGCUGUAUAUUUGAUUCUCUAAUAAUUAAACACAACGUAAAGAAUUUCAAUUGUAUCUAUGAAAAUUCAGUACAUGUGUGAAAUAUGACGUCUCCCAAGAAUUUGAGAAGAUCUACGCGAAUAAAAGCUAUUGUAAAAUACACGGAGGAUAGCUUCGAGGAAACACGCGAGAAUUCUCCACCAAUUGAUACAUUGGAAACUGAAGUGGAAAAGCAGCUUGAAGGUAUAAAAGAAGAUGUACAAAAGCCACUUGAACUGUUUUCUGAAAAGGAUGUAAGUGGACGAAAAUUAUACACAUUUCAAACACCAACUAAAAAAAAUAGCAUGAUGCUUAAAGCCAAUCAAUGUCGUACACCUGAGACUCCAAAAAGUUUCAAAACACUUCCAACUUUAAAAAUUGUUCUUGAAAGGGUUGUUAAAACAAACUCAAAAAAUAAAAAUUUGAAAUCUAACCCUGAGAACAUAAAAAUAAAAAUAGUCUCUCGAAAACGAUGUUUGCCUAGUGUAAAUUCAAGUGGUGAUGAAAGUAUAUCAGAGGAUAGUGAAUAUGUACCCACAGAUAUAGAAAUUAGUUCCGAAUCCGAUGAGAUAUCCGAUAGAAGCAAAGAUAGUGAAAAUUCUGAUGAAAGUGAGGAAGAAAACAAUAUUAGGAGAGGUAAACAAAGGCUACAGAAAUCUUUACCAAAACUUGAAGUACAAAAUACACCUAGAAGAACAAGAAGAGGACGUAAAUCUAUUGCUUACAAGGAUUAUCAUAUAAAGACUGAUGAAUAUUUUGAAUCUCAAUCGGAAAAGGCACUUACAUCUGAUCAUACAUUAGGCAGGCUUCGAAAUGCUCGUCUUACUGAAGAAACAUUAGAUGAAUUAUUAAAAAACCAAAGUCAUAUUUCUACAAUACACAAGAAACAUAUUUGUUCAUUAACAGAAAACUAUAAAUCAUUUUUUUCUAUGUGGCAAUUUAUAAUGGAAGAAGGUUACAGUCUGUUAAUCCAUGGUCUAGGAUCAAAAAGACAUUUAAUUAAUGAUUUUCACAAUGAAAUCAUAGCCGAUCAUCCAACAUUGGUUAUAAAUGGAUUUUUUCCCAGUUUAUCAAUAAAGGAUAUACUCGAUAACAUAAUAGUGGAUAUAUUAGAUUUAGAUUGUCCAACAAACUCUAAUGACUGUCUAGAAGUUAUUGAAAAGAUCUUGAGCAAUAAUCCUGAUGAUCGGCUCUAUUUAAUAAUUCAUAAUAUUGAUGGUAUAAUGCUACGUUCAAGUAAAGCUCAAAACGUCCUUGCUAGUCUAGCAGCCAUUCCCAAUAUUAGAGUCAUAGCAUCUGUCGAUCAUAUCAAUGCACCGCUACUUUGGGAUCAUAUUAAACGAGCAAAGUUUAAUUUCUACUGGUGGGAUGCGACAACGUUUUUGCCAUAUCAAGCUGAAACUGCAUAUGAAAAUUCCCUAUUGGUUCAACAAAGUGGUGAACUUGCUUUAUCUUCCCUUCAAAAUGUCUUCCUUUCCCUCACCUCGAACGCUCGAACGAUUUAUUUAAUCCUUGUCAAAUAUCAAUUGAACAAUAGCAGCAGUAACUUCACAGGAAUGCCGUUCAAGGAUCUAAGUUUUUAUGUUAUAUGCAGUAAUAUUUAUUAUUGUUACACACUGUAUCUGAAAAAACACUGUGUACAGCUGUGUGUAAUUAAUAGCACGCAGUAUAUUUUUGACUAA